AUGGAGCGCUGCCCCAGCCUGGGGGUCACCCUUUAUGCCCUGGUGGUGGUCCUGGGGCUGCGGGCGGCACCGGCCGGCGGCCAGCACUAUCUCCACAUCCGCCCGGCUCCCAGCGACAACCUGCCCCUGGUGGACCUCAUCGAACACCCGGACCCUAUCUUUGACCCCAAGGAGAAGGAUCUGAACGAGACGCUGCUGCGCUCGCUGCUCGGGGGCCACUACGACCCGGGCUUCAUGGCCACCUCGCCCCCUGAGGACCGGCCUGGCGGGGGCGGGGGGGCAGCCGGGGGCGCAGAGGACCUGGCGGAGCUGGACCAGCUGCUGCGGCAGCGGCCGUCGGGGGCCAUGCCGAGCGAGAUCAAAGGGCUGGAGUUCUCCGAGGGUUUGGCCCCGGGUAAGAAGCAGCGCCUGAGCAAGAAGCUGCGGAGGAAGUUACAGAUGUGGCUGUGGUCGCAGACCUUCUGCCCGGUGCUGUACGCGUGGAACGACCUGGGCAGCCGCUUUUGGCCGCGCUACGUGAAGGUGGGCAGCUGCUUCAGUAAGCGCUCAUGCUCGGUGCCCGAGGGCAUGGUGUGCAAGCCGUCCAAGUCCGUGCACCUCACGGUGCUGCGGUGGCGCUGUCAGCGGCGCGGGGGCCAGCGCUGCGGCUGGAUUCCCAUCCAGUACCCCAUCAUUUCCGAGUGCAAGUGCUCAUGCUAGAACUCAGGGCCCCCUGCCCGCACCCGGACACUUGAUCGAUCCCCACCGACGCCCCCCGCACCGUCUCCAACCAGUUCCACCACCCUCUAGCGAGGGGAUUCAAUGAACUUUUUUUUUUUUUUUUUUUUUUUUGGCUACAGAGACCUAGCUUUCUGGUUCAUGUAAUGCACUGUUUAACUGUGUAGGA